AUGCUUUUAUGUGUCGUGAAUAUUAUUCAUGCUCAACACGUUGACCCGGGCCACAGCCCAUCAUUCACUUGUCGCCCAUUUGGCACAUGUGAGCCAUGCCCACCAGAUGCUCUUCAUGAACCCUUCUGUCAUCCAUUCGGCAACCGCCAACUCAUGCAUUGUUCGAACACCACCAGGCCUACAGCUUUACCCCCCGAUCAUGUAUACCCCAUAUCUCCACCCCCAGCAGCUCUCGGGGAGACUCCUGCGUGGCAGCCUUGUGGCCGCGUCCCCGCACAAGAGCGUGCUGACUUCUACGAGUUCGUGGCGUGCAACCUGUUUUUCGCUGCCGUUGCUAUAGGCGUAUCCCUACUUCGCUCUCGAAGAAUAGAAGCACACCAAGCCAGACGUCUCGCUGUACGAAUCGGGCUUGUUAGGGGUGGUGGAUAG